AUGCUGAUGAAGACCGAUAUUUGGCUUUUGGCCGCACUCUACUUCGGAGGUGCUGUCGACGCUGCUAUCUCUCCCAACUAUACGCAGGCUAUCUUGAGUUCUGGGACCAUUAAGCUUGGUGACUGGCAAGAUGCUUUCGACAAGGCUUCCGCGUUCGUUGCCUCGCUCUCAACCACCGAGAAGCUUUCUCUCGUGACCGGCAGUGGUGCUGGCAAUUUUUCUGCUCUUGAGGCCUCCGACUCCUCCGCAAACCCGAUCAACUACUACUUCGUCACUGCUUGGCCUGCUGGACUGGCAAUGUCGAUGACAUGGGACAAGGACGCUAUCUAUGGCCAAGGCAAGGGCCUCGGUGCUGAAUUCAAGGGUAAAGGCAUGAACGUCGCCUUCGCUCCCACUGUACAACCUCUCGGACGUUCCGCUUGGGGCGGUCGCAGUGGCGAGUCAUAUGGUCCCGACUCUUACCUGUCUGGUAUCAUGGCGGGUCAGCUGACAAGCGGCAUGUCUGCAUCUGGAGUCAUCCCCAGCGCAAAACACUACAUCCUCAACGAGCAAGAAACCAACCGCUCAGGUUCGAGCUCCGGUGGUGGUAUGGGCGGCGGUGCUGGCGGUCCAGGUGGUCCAGGUGGCAAUUCUACUUCUGGUAGCCCAUCUUCGAUGCGCCGUCGUCAAAACGCUGGCAACUCCACUUCGUCUUCGUCCAGCGGGGCUUACAGCGUCGAGAUUGGCGACAAAGCUUUCCACGAGACUUACCUUGCGCCUUUCUACGAUGCCGUCAAAGCCGGAGUCGGUGGUACUAUGUGCUGCAUGCAGAAGAUCAACGGAACUUACGGUUGCGAGAACCAAGAUACUCUUGCCAGGUACCUGAAGGUCGAGCUCGGUUUCCCUGGUUACGUCUCCCCUGAUGCGGGUGCUCAACACUCUAGCUUCGACGCCGCCAAUGCAGGUUUGGACUUAGGUUCGUCGUCGUACUGGAGCAACUCCACUCUCGUCGCUGGUAUCGCGAACGGUACUUUCUCGUCAGCGCGUCUGGACGAUAUGGCUAUCCGUCAGCUGAUGGGCCACUUCAAGCAGAAGCAGGAGGUCUACCCAGAACACGCCGGCUACACCGACAACGUUGAUGUCCGCGGGAAGCACGGUGACUUGGCUCGUCAGUACGCUGCCCAAUCUAUCGUCUUGCUCAAGAACAGCGAUAGCGCACUACCGUUGAAGAACAAGAAGGCCAUUUCCAUCUUCGGUACCCACGCUGCGCCUCGUUUCGUAGGCCCAAACACCGCUCUCACUGUACAGACUGGUGUCGAUGCUACUAUGGACGGCCACAUGUCCCAGAAUGGUGGUUCAGCUAUGUCUUCGGCUGCGUUUCUCGUCACCCCCUUCCAAGCUUUCAACGAGCGCGCUCAGGCCGAUGGCUUCAUGCUCAAGUGGUGGCUCAACAACACUAUCGUUGAGAGCUCCGGUGGCAUGCUCAGCGACGGCGCUGGUACAGAAAUUUCUGAGACUACGCUUGGUAUUGCUGAUAGCGCAGAAGCCUGCAUUGUUUUCCUAAACGCUUGGGCUGGCGAGGGUGGCGACAGGAGCGAGUUGACUAACACCGAGGGUGACAAGCUUGUGAACUAUGUCGCCGACAAUUGCAACAAUACGAUUGUCGUAGUCAACACUAUCGGUCCUCGUCUCCUCGACCAGUGGGCUACGCACGAGAACGUUACCGGUAUCCUUUAUGGCGGACCUCUUGGCCAAUCUUCGGGUCACGCCAUCAACGAUGUUCUCUUCGGCGACGUCAACCCCUCCGGCAAGCUCGUUCAUACUAUCGCCAAGAACGAGUCCGACUACGACCCGAACACUCAGAUCAGCGAGUCGUUGACGAUUGAUUUCUCUGAGGGCAACUACAUCGACUACAAAUAUUUCGAUCAGAAGAACUCUACUCCCCGCUACGAGUUUGGUUUUGGUCUCUCUUACACCACCUUCAAGUACGGCAGCAAGGUCGACAUCACACCCAAGACCAAGCUCCUUUCCAACGAGUUCGCCACUGGUGACCUCGCCGUCGGUGGACGCGAGGACCUCUGGGACAUCGUUGCUGAAGUCAGCACCGACAUCACCAACGCCGGCAAGGUUGCAGGUGCUGAGGUCGCGCAGCUGUACGUUGAGUUCCCUGCCGCUGCCGACGAGCCUGUGCGCCAGCUCCGUGGUUUCCAUAAGGUCAAGAUUCAGCCUGGAAAAACCGAGAAGGCUAGGUUCCAGCUCAGACGCCGUGAUCUGUCUGUCUGGAAUGUCGAGAAGCAGGAGUGGCAGAUCGUCCGAGGUGACUACAAGUUCAACGUCGGUUCUUCCAGCAGGGACUUAAGGGUCAGCGGUUCUAUGACCGUGUAA